UGGGGUGGCAUCCGGGUUUAUAUAGGCUAAAAACGCCGAUAUAAAUACCGUUUCCUUCCCCCAUCUCUAGCUAUCUAUCUCGAUUCCUCUCAAAUACCACCUCAAUAAUUCAACAAAAUGAAGCUCCAAAUUGUCGCCUCUCUCCUCCCCCUCCUGGCUUCGGCCGCUCCCACCGCGGAGUCCGCCAAAGAUGCAGCCCCCGAGCCAGCCUUCGGCGUCAUGGCUGUCAGAUCCGCCUCCCCCAUCCACUUCCUCCCCAUGACCGCUGCCAGUCAGAAGUUCUGGCUAGGCGGGGAGACGUCCUCCUACUGUCCUACUCCUCCUGUUCCCAAGGAGGAUUGUCCCCCGGGAACGGACACGGUUUUUUCUCCGGGUGGAUACGCCCUAAACGUAAUGGUCCCCGGCGGCCAACGCAUCUACGUCGACCCCACCGGCGCCCUCCGCUUCACACAAGCCCACUCCGGCGCCAUCCCCCCGGGCUCCGCCAUCGGCCCCUUCGAAUACACCCCCGGCGACUCCUACGGCCGUUUUACGUUCACGGGCUUCGGUGCGGACGGAUUUAUGGCUUGUCCCGCCGAGGAUGACCGCUGGCAGGUGUUUGCUGCGAUCCAGAAUGCGACUGUGCCCGGUGGGGAUGUGGGUGCGUGCUUGGGCUUUUCGGCCAUUGCGCCGACGGCACAGCAUCAGGGGUUUGCGGCUUGGCAGUAUAAUUGAUUUAGCGAUACUUGUGUAGGAUUUGGUGAUGGGGUUUAUCAGAUGCCUGUAUACAUAAGUAUGUAUGUAUGUAUAAGGAUUAUGGGUGGAUGGUGGAUGGAUAUGGUAUGGAUAAUAAACAAGAUAAU